AUGCCCGGAUCCAAACGAGCGGCACCUGAAUGCGAUAUUGAUCUGACUUUAACGGACGAAGACGAGCCUAAACCAGCUGCACGUAACCCGAGGAGGCCAGGGCGCGGCGGUGACCACUCUAUCAUUGACCUUACCAACAGCCCACGCAAACCGAAGCCGACAUCUUCUUCCGCAUCUCUCCAGCUCCCGGAGGGCUUCUCACGAUAUGAGUCGUAUGAGCUUAAUUACCCGGCUCAGACGCCAGAACGAGAAGUGUUUGCUUGGACUUCGCCUGAGCCAACUGCGCAUGACUAUCCGCCACCAGUCGCACCCAAUGCAUAUGACUAUCCGCCACCGCCGCAAAUUAGUGCGCAUGACUAUGCUCAACCCCAUCCAACAUCCUCCACCACGCCUGUAGCGCAAAUCAGUGAACCUCUAGCGAAAAAGCGACGGACUGGUGCCUCUGUCUCUCAACCCGCCUCCUCCCCGUGCAUCCCGUUCACUCCUCAGCACCAAACCACGCCUUCCUUGCAUACUUGCCGACCGACACCUGCGAAACCGAGUCAAACGUCGGCCUCCAAUUCCCAACAGAAGGGCGCUCUGAAGCCUCUGGACAUCACGACGUACAAGCAACCCGGGCCUAGUCGACAUGCCUCUCCACCUCCGCCCUCCCCGACACCCAGAGAACUUCCGGCCUCCAGACCUCUGCCAGCCUCGCAGCCCACCCCACGUGUGGAGGCUCAUGCCUACGACUAUCCUCCUAGGUUACCUGCCUCACAACCCGUGCCACAAGCGCAUGCCCGCGUGUUUGCCGCACUAGAUGCCAUAGCUACUCCGGGGCCGUCACAGGCCAGGAAGCGCCGCACGAAAGCUACAGGCGAACCACCGCUGGAAAAACGGGCAGCGCGUUUCAAAAAGGCGUGCCCGAAGACUAUCUUGGAACGCGUACAACGAGUCCGUGAUCAGCGAUUCUUCAUGAUAGAACGAAGGCGAGCGAUGGGAGAGCUCAAGGAGGAGUUCGACGUAUUAGGAUCAACGGGAAAUGUGUACACCGUGUGUAUCGACAAAAUGCCGUCCUGCACAUGUCCAGAUUCCCAGAAGGGCAAUCAUUGCAAACAUAUCUUAUUCAUCUUUCUCAAAGUCCUCCAAGUGACUGAGGCCUCGGGGUAUUGGUAUCAAAAGGCUCUUCUCUCGAGCGAAUUACAAGAGAUCUUUGCUGCAGCCCCGCUCGCGCCGAAUGCUGAAGUUCAUCCCGGCAUCAAGGCUGCUCUGGCCCGUGCGAUUGGUCAGACAGCGGGCCCUGACACGAGUAAUAAACAGAAAAUGCCCGGUCCCGAAGAUGACUGUCCCAUAUGCUACGAAGGCAUGCAUGGCAUUGACGCGAAAAAACUCACAUUCUGUGACGUCUGCCACAACGCACUACAUAAACCGUACUGA